CAAUUUGGUACCAAUUACCAUCUGAGCACUUACCACCCUACAUUUAAUACUAAUAUAAUAAACACGAGCUACCUGAAUAAGACUCAUUACUUUAACGAUCAUGAUGAUGAUCGUCGAUGAAUCAACGGUUCAAAUCAAAGCAGAUAAUUAUGAUGUUAUCCCAGAAAGUAUGCUUUCGGUGCCGAAGGAAUUGGAAGAAAAAGAAGCAGGGAAGAAAUUAUUUAAACAACAUCCAAGUUCAGUAUCAGAUCCUGGUGUGUUUUCAUUUCGAGAAGAAUGUCCUCCUCGAGAAUACCUUUCUUCACCUCUACAUAAAGGAGGAUAUGAGGGAGACAAACACCCACUUCUUGACAAAGAAGAUUUCUUGGAAAUAGAAAAUCUAAAUUGCAAUCAAGGUGAAGAGAAGAAUGGCAUACUCAAAAUAGUAGGUUUAAAAACUCUACUAAACAAAAACUUCCUAAAAUGGGUGUUGAUAUUACUAAACGUAUUUGCUGAGAUAUGCCAAGCAACAUUCGGGCAAGAGGAAAGCGAAGGCAAAAUGGGUCGUCAAAAAUACCUCAAGCUAAGCAUUAUUACCUCCUCUGUUUGCUUAACAAUGGCGAUUAUGGAGGCGUUACACGAACGCAAGAUAAAUGGAAUGGUAUGGCAAAAAAGAGGUUAUUGUUGUUGGUUUUAUUAUCCUGGUAAUCAAGGGAGAUUAUUUGGUAAAUUUUCUAUUUACUUUGGUAUUAUUAGUUCAUUAAUUCAAUUAAUUGUAAAUUUAACAGAAAAAAUUACAAGAAAAGAUAUUGUAAAAUUUGAAUAUAUGUCUUUGUUACUGUCGAUAUUUUACUUAGUGGCAGCCAUUAUUGGUUCUAAAGAUAAGAAAUCAUUAGAAAAUGUAUCAAUUAGGUGUAAUGUACAUGGUUUAAGUGAGAUUAAGGGUAUAAUUGUUGAGGGUUGUGAAAAUAAAGUAUUCCAAUGUCCUCAUUGUCAAUUGGAGGAUUCUAAUGUAUGACUCAAAUUUGGUUUUAUU